GGGGAAGUAGUCAAUUCCCCCAUUCUAUUGUGACAGUUCCUAUGUGAAAAACAAAGUUUCUCGUGUGAUUUUUCUCAAUUUUCUCAAUAUUUAGUGAUAUCCCCGGCUACCUUGUGCUGUAAAAGUAUAGUGGGUGCCAAUGAGCAGCAAUAGCCAUAGCAUGGCUGACCCAAAUCCCUGGGGCGAGAUUGAGCUGACAAGCCGCUUUUCCGAGGAAAUGUCCCAGUUGUGCAUAAAUCAGGAUUACUCGGAUGUGGUGUUUGUGGUGGAUGGAGUAAAGUUACCGGCUCAUCGAGUGAUUUUAGCUGCCCGGAGUGAGUAUUUCCGGGCGAUGCUUUUUGGGGGAAUGUCCGAGAGUUCGCAAAAUGAGAUUGAACUGAAAGUUCCUCUGGAGGCUUUUCGUGCUCUCCUGCGUUACAUUUACUCAGGGCAUAUGUCCCUGUCGCAGAUGAGGGAGGAGGAUGUACUGGAUACUCUCGGUCUGGCCAAUCAGUAUGGCUUCACGGAGCUGGAAAAGGCAAUUUCGGGGUAUUUGAGAAAAAUACUCUCCCUGGACAAUGUCUGUGCUGUCCUGGAUGCUGCUCGGCUCUAUGCCUUUGACAAUCUCAUGAAUGUCUGCCAUACGUUCAUGGAUCGCAGAACCACGGACAUCCUCAAGCACGAAUCCUUCAAGAAUCUCUCGCAACAAUCUCUGAUCGGGCUGCUCGAGAGGGAUUCCUUCUCGGCUCCCGAAGUGUCAAUCUUUGUGGCUGUGCACGAAUGGUGCACAGCCAAUCCGGACGCCAAUAUUGACCUUGUGGUGUCCCAUGUGCGUCUGCCCCUGAUGGAUCUCAAGCAACUCUUCAGCGUGGUGCGUCCCUCGGGCAUCAUAGGCAAUGAUCGAUUGCUGGAUGCCAUCGAGAAGAAGACCACGAGUAAGUUCCUGCCCUAUCGGGGUGCCCUGUGGCCAGAGGAAAAUGUGGCAUCGCCCCAAUUUGACUCGAAGACCAUUCAGGGUGAACAGAGAUCAUCCCUCCUGGACGGCGACACUGAGUCCUACGACAUGGAGCGCGGCUAUACGAGGCACACAAUCAAUGAAAACAAUGAUCAGGGCAUUGUUGUGGAACUGGGAGCCAUCAGUAUCAUAAAUCACAUCAAGAUUCUGCUCUGGGACAAGGAUGUUCGUUCCUACUGCUACUACGUUGAGGUGAGCGUCAAUCAGCAAAACUGGGAACGGGUGAUUGACCAUCGCGACUACAAUUGUCGCUCCUGGCAAUUCCUCUACUUCCCUGCUCGAGCUGUUCGCUACAUUCGCUUAGUCGGGACUCACAAUACCGUCAACAAAGUCUUUCACGUGGUUUCCUUGGUGGCCAUGUACACAGCCAAUGUUCCUCCACUCCACAAUGGGAUUGUUGCACCUGUCAGCAAUGUGGCCACGUUGGAGAUGAGUGCGAUUGUGGUGGAUGGUGUCAGUCGUACGCGGAAUGUCCUGAUCAAUGGAGAUGUGAAGAAUUAUGACUGGGAUUAUGGAUUUACGUGCCAUCAGUUGGUCAGUGGGAUGAUUCUUGUGCAAUUGGGGCAGCCGUACUACAUUGGAUCACUGAGACUGUUGCUCUGGGAUCUGGAUGAUCGCAAUUACUGCUUCUACAUUGAGACUUCGACCAAUCGGAGGAAUUGGGAAUUGGUGGUGGACAAGAGAUCUGAACCAGUGCGAUCCUGGCAACAUUUCACCUUCUCGCCGCGUCCGGUGGUCUUCAUAAAGAUCGUUGGGACGUACAAUACAGCCAAUGAGAUUUUCCACUGUGUCCACUUUGAGUGUCCAUCGCAGGAUCCGGCGUAUUUGCUGGCCAAGAAGGAGGGUGACAAGAAAGAAAAAAGUUCCUCAACACAAACAAUAUCCCCAGGAGGAGAGAGUCCAGGUGAGAAGAAUGUAGGAGGAGCAGGAGCAGGAGGAGAAUCAUCAAAGUCGUAAAUCGCCAUGCAGAAUAGAAGAUGUUGAUUCGCUUUUUAACCCUAAGAUUUUUCCAGGUUUUUACUUUUCUCUCUUUACCUUUAGUAUUUUGUUCGUACCUUGUUUAAUUUUUUUUUCAUUGGAUCUUUCUGGAGAAUUUUUUGAGGCUGAGAGGGAGAAAUUUAAGAGAUUUUCCGGAAAUGUUCCGGGAGUUUAUGAAAUUGACUGAGUAUUGUUUUUUAAAAUGAUUUUUCAUUUGGUGCUAAUUGAAUCCAUCCCUGAGAAAUUUAGAGAAUUUGUUUACAAGAGUUGAAGACGAUGGAAAUAUGCCAAAGCAUCACAGAAUCCGGCUCUAAUUCCCCAUUGAAAAUUUGCGAUUUUUUUUAAAUUAAAAUUUUGGAAUUUUUCAUAAUUUUUUUUUAUCGAUAAAAUUCAAUAUCGAUUUUACUUUUUUUAGGUCUAAUAAAAUGAUUUUAGGUAAAUAUUCCGAAAUGAAAAAAUCUAAAAAAAAGUCCAAGACUUUUAAAAUGAAUCCAGUACUUUUUCUCAAAACCCCACAUCAAUAUGAUAACUUUUUCCGAUUUAGGGUCCAUUUAAACAGGGGUAUUUCGAAAUCUAUCUCACAGUGCUACACUGACUGAUAGAAAUCCGAAAAAGUUAAAAUAACAUUCCGGAAAUGUUAAUAUUACCCUGAAUUAUUGAUCCGAAAUCGGUGUACAUAUUACCCUUUUUAGGCGUAUUAUGGGUUAAAGUUACCCUUUUUCAUGUUAAUUUUACACUUAAAAAUGUGUAAAAUUAACAUUUAAAAAUAUUGAUAUAUUUUUACACCUAAAAAGUGUUAAAGUUAAGUGGAAAAAAAGUUAAUCGCACCCUCUUCUCAGUGUACAUUACACCAGUGAGUCUUGGAUAAAUUCCUUAUUGGUUCGUAACUAAGAUAAAAUUUUCCCGAUGGUGAUUUUCAACAUCAAUAGAAGUGGCCUCUGAACAUUGGAAGUAAGUUUCGUCAAAAAAUUGCCUUUUUUAUUUAUAUUUAGAAAGGGAGAUUUUGAAUAAUAAUGUCCUUUUAAAUGGACGUUGAAAGGUUGGCACAAAAUUCGAAAAUUCAGAGAGAACUUUUGAAAAAUAAACCCUUUGGAAUUUUCUUCAUUUUUUCCCUUUUUCUUUGCAGUAAGAAAUAGAGAGACUUUAAAGUUGUCCCAGAGAAAGUAAACUUAUGGAUACUUAGAGGCUCAUUUAAACGAAGGUAUUUUCAUUCGAAAUCUCCAUUUUGAAAUAAAAAUUCUCCAUAGAAAAAUUUGCCAAGGUUAAAUUUUGCCUAUCUUUCGGAGGAUAAAAUCUGCUUCCAAAAGCUCUAUUUUAUAAAUUUGGGCUCUUCAUAAUCACUCUAAUUCCGCUUUUUUUUCAAAAUAACCGAAUUUAAGCAAAUUUGUUGAAAAAUAGGUACUGCAAAAUGGUUAAACUUUGACCUUCGAAAAUUCGAUAUCGAAAUGAUAAUCUAUCUAAGGACGAAAUAUUCACCUUGAUUAUCUCCAAAACAAUCGAAAAUGAAAUAAACCAAAAGAAACGUGGUUUUGGAGGACUAGGAGGUGGGUGGAAGAAAAAAUACUGUCCUAGAGUUACUAGAUAAUAUUAACUUACGGAGGGGUCGUCGAAAACCGGAACUUGAUAUCUCUUACCAUGUGAAUUACAUAUUUAUUAACUAGCUUAGUCGUCCUUGGACUUUAGUCGUAAUCGUAAGUGUGUCCAGCAUAUUAGACAGAUCCAAUAAGUUUUUUGGUAUUCCUUGUUAAAAGUGUCUCAAGAGGAUGUCCUCACUUUUGGUAAUUACAAAUUUUUAUCAAGUUGGAGCGAAAAAAUCUUUCUGACUUCUGAUUAACCUUUUAAUUGAUUAACCUUGUUUUCAAAGGAUCGAUCGAUUUUCGAACAUGAUUUUUGGAAUUUGGAUCUUUGAAAGUAACUUAAAACCAGAAAAAUUCGCAUUUUAGGUUUUGAUGGAAUGUUUUCUUGGGAAACUUUGAAAACGGAUUCUCAAAUUACAAAAAAAAAAAAACUGUUCGAGUACACAGUAAAAAAAAUUAACACUAAUAUAGUGUGUAAUCUUUCACACCACUAUUAUAGUGUUAAAUUUGGAAAAAGUGUUUAAUUUAAAAUUGUUUAAUUUAAAGUUGUUGAAUUUCAAGAUGUUGAAUUUGGAAUUGUUGAAUUCUGUUUAUUGUUGAAUUUUCUUUUCAUUUCGAAGAUUUUGAUUUUUUGCCUUUUUAGACAUUUUUAUUCGUUUUUCCUGUACUCGGGAUCCCCCCCCCCCUAAUGUGAAAUGAUUACAUCUGAUGCUCGGAUCUUCACGAUAUACUUAUUUUGCAUAUAAAUAUUUGAUGUUCUAUAUGACUUUUGCCCAAUGAAGAGCAUCUCGACUGAAGUAUAAGUCUUAAUUGGAAAUUCAACAAUUUUUACACAACUUUUGUUUAAAAAUUCAACAACUUUUGUCUUAAAAUUCAAUAUCUUUUGUUUAAAAAUUCAACAACUUUUGUUUAACAAUUCAACAAAUUUGGUUGAAAUACACAAGGUUUCACACUAUAAUAGUGUUAAAAAUUAUGAUCAAACUAUAAUAGUGUUAAUUUUUGAUCAUGUGACAAAAAAUACCAUAAAGUUGUGUAUUUUUUCACACUAUAAUAAUGUGAAAAACUGUAAUCAUUCUAUAAUAGUGGUAAUUUUUGGAAUUUGUCAAACAGUUUUAAAUCACGAAACAUUGUUGGAAAAUUUUUAUGAUUAUAACAGUGAGAAAUUUUACACAGAUCGCAAUUAAAUAAUUAAUUUAUUCGAUUUCACACUAUUAUAGUGUUAAAAUUUUACACGUUUUCAAAUUAAACAACAUUAUUGAACAUUUUUCAACUAUAAUAGUGGUAAUUUUCAAAUACGUGACAAUAAAUUACCAAAAUGUUGUGCAUUUUUUAAACAUUUUUAAAUUAAACAACUAAAAUGGUCGAUUUUGCUUGCACUAUUAUAGUAGUAAAGUUUUACACAUUUUUUUACUGUGUAGUUUUCGAAAUUAUCCAGAAUGGAGGUGUGCAUGAACUGUUUGAAACCGAAUAAAAACGUCAAAUGUACGUUAAUAAUAGCCAAAACACUACCUGAACAAACUUAUUUUGACGUUUAUUCGGUUUCAAACGGUUCUUGUGCACCCCUGAUCCAGAAAUCGAUUUAUAGGAGUUAGAGUCAAACGAUUUGAGAUACCAACUUGAGGACUUUGAAGGACUCCCAUAAAUCAGGAGUGGCGUGAUAACUUAUUUUCGAUAGUAUCGACUAUCGAUUCGGAAAAAUUUUAACGAUAGCAGGAUUUCCUGUAACUAAUACAGAUAUUUAUAAACAGUCACAUCCUUUUAAGAAUGUCACAAUGAAUGGCCCAGCAAUGCGUAAAAAGUCGACAUUCACAUCUAACAGAUGUAGAUUUAUCGAUACUAUCGGUUCGAUAGUGUCGAAAAGUUACCAUUUCACCCCAGCCUUUGCAUCGCAGCCAAGACCUGAAUUUCAUUUUCGAACAUGUUUUGGGACCUUCCCAGGCUGGUAUUUUAUUCACAAACUAAAAUGACCUUGAAUUAUUCCGUCUAGGGGUUUUUCAAGGUCAAUGAUUAAAAUAGCUAUAGAGAGUUUAUUUAUCCGCCAAUUGGGGCAAGUAUGGAUUCAUUUGAACGGUCUUGAAAAUCCGAACAAGUCUCAACCGGUUUUAAUACACUUUAAAAUAAAUUUAAGAAAAAAAAUCAUAUUUUUUCAAUGGUGGAAUAGGGUUAAGGAUCUUUCUUUUUGCCUCGUUCAAUAUUUUCCUGAAAGUGAUCCUAAAAGAAAAAAAAAACAGAAUUCAGCGUGAAGCAGAAUUGUGACGAGAUAAAAAAGAAUAUUUUUGUUAAUGCUAUUUUCAAUUUAUUUUAUUUUUACAAAA